CGCAACACCGAUCGAGCGGCUCGUAAACAAGUCUGUGUAAAGUCUGCUAUCCGAACUAUAAAUAAGAACCUGGGGAGUCCGGGGGAUCGCUGCCCCCCCUGCGGACCCCAUGCAGGACCGGACAUGGCUGAGAGACCAGAAACCGAGUUGGAGGAGGCGGACCAGAUCUACCUGCUCAUGAAGGAGGACUAUCGGAUAUCUCGAAAUGUGCGCCUGGCGUGGUUCCUCAGUAAACUCAACCAGGUCAUCUGGCCUGCCUCAGUGCCUGAAGUGCUGAGCUCAGAGAAAGAGCUGGACCUGCUGAGCCUGUUACCUAAAGGAUGGCAGCCAGGGAGCCCCCCCAGCACGCAGCCUUGUGUCUUGAUGCCCUCCACCUGGGCCACCUUCCUGGCCCGCCGGUACCGCUUCAUCAUCGAGCUGGACCUCAGCCCCUCCACAGGGAUUGUGGGAUCAUUAUAAUCACAGAUGGAGUGACGAGUGUUCCUGACGUGGCUGUGUGUGAAACCCUGUUGAACCAGCUCAGGAGUGGAACUAUCGCAUGUUCCUUUGUGCAGGUUGGCGGGGCGUACUCGUACGACUGUAGUUUCGGCUACAUCCCAAACGUGGAGCUGAUGAAGUUCAUAUCAUUAGCCACCUUUGGGACCUACCUUCCCACUUGUCCUGAAGUGGACCAGAACAGCCAGGACAUGAACAUUUACCACAGGGCCUUCUUGACCUACUCCUUUCUGAAGACCCCCGAGUCUCUAAACUCAGAGUAUUUCUGUGUUUCCCAGGACAAACUGUUCAAUGAGCACUUGGUUUCGGCCAGUGGUAACCCUGCGCUGGUCAUGAGGAGGAAGAAGCACACAGAGAAAGAAGUUCACGCUCAUCUCAUCAGUGUGGUUUCUGUACGACUGAGAGAGGGCUACACCAUCAGAGACAUCAGCCUCACCAAAGGUGGGACGCAGCUAGAGGUGAAGUUGGUUCUGUUGUGGAAACACAACAUGCACAUUGAGUACCUUGCCGCCGCCUCCUGGCCUCUGGACCCAUCCAACAGAACCACCAGGGUGGAGGUGACGAUGGAGGGCAGCUACGACAUCCUGCAUGACAUCAGCUGCACCCAGAGGAAGCCCAUCACCAGUCCGUACCGGACCUCCGUCAUCCGCCGCUUCUGGAACACACUUCAGAGCAUCAACCAGACCGAUCAGAUGUUGGUGCACCUGCAGUCGUUCAAUUCAGUUCCUGAGAACUACACAAUCCCAGAGAGCACCAAGAACGGCGUGCCCCUCUUCUACAUUCCUCCUGGUUCCACGACCCCGGUCCUGUCUCUUCAGCACAGUGGAUCCAAAGACUCGUCUCAGUCCCAGUUUGCUUUGUACUGGAAACCCAUACUCUCCAUGGACACCAACUUCUGGCAGCGAUGGCUCCACAUGCACCACAUUACAAUCAUCCUGGAACACGACUUACCCGUCCCCAAACACCUGCACACAGCUGGAAGCAACGGCCGUUACAGCACCAUUCAGUGCCGCAUCUCCCACUCUGCCCUCACGUCCCUGCUGAAGGACUGCAGCAGCUUUGUGUUGGUGGAAGGCUACUCAUAUGUCAAGCUAAUAUACAGUUCGUGUGAGCAGAUUCCCACUUCCUUCUACUUGGUCCGUCUCAUCUCUAAGACGCCCUGCAUGGUUCUGCGUUUGGGCUUCCCUAUAGGCACCCCAGCCAAUGUUAGAAACAAGAUUGUAGAUGAGCUGCGAGAGCAGAUCCUCAAGCUUCGCUUCCCUCAUCGAGUUCAAAGCAAAGAAGCAACACCGAAGACCAAGAGGAAGAGCGUCAGUCAUGUGUCUCCGUCCAAGUCUCUCUCUGUCACAGCUGCCAAGCCCGCUCUGUCGGACCGACCCUGUGUGGUGGUGCUCAAUAAGCCUUUAGAAAAACUGCUCAUAAGGUAUGAUAAGCUGCCUCUGGAUUUUAGGACUCCCUUUAUUUUCAACAUGGAGAACUUCCUGCUGCCUUCCAACAGUGCUGCACCCGUCAGCAUGGCAGCUAACCGGACGGCCUCCUCCACCUUGGCCUCACUGUCUCGAUGUUUCCUCCACAAGCGGUGGGUGUGGGCUGUGCAGAGCAGUCACGGACCAGCAGUGACCAUGCAGGCUGUGGCCCACAUCCUGUCCAUACUGUCUGAGGUUCGCCUUUCAGAAGGUUUUCAUUUUGCUGCCAGUGGAGAGGGCAUCAUAAACAUGGUGACUGAGCUGCCAAUGAAGAGUGCGUCAGGAGAAACGGGACGAGAGAGCCACUCUUGCAUCGUUCAGUACAUUCUGUUUCCACCUCAAUCUACCUCCAGUAAAGACAGCUUCUCCACGGAUGAUGACAACGACACAGAGGUGGAGGCUGUAGACGUGGACACAGAGCUGAACCUGGUGACGGAGUGCUGGGUGGAACCACAGAGCGGCAUCGUCAUGAACUGCAUGGACCAGCACCGACACUUCCAGGGCCUCAAGUACCAGGAGCUGCCCCAUGCAAUCUUCCCCAGAGAUUUGGCUUGCAUGUCCACAAUGAUGACUUUUGAGUAUUUGAGCCAACUGUGUCAGAAUAAGAACCAGGUCUUCUCUUUGCCCGUUGGACUCAAGGAUGUGCAAGGUGAGGUCCUAACCUCUGAGGACAGUGUCCAUAUGGUUCCUUUCCAGUUUGAUCUCAUUCAGCUGCUCCCAAACUGUCAGCAGGUUGAACUCUUCUUCCUCACAUUCGGUGGAGUUGUAGAGAAUGAGGACCAGGUUCCCAGUUCUCCCAGUCUGCCCAGUGAGCUCCUGCUCAGCCUCUUCCACAACAGCCUGGAGCAGGAACUGAGCGACAAAGAGGUCCCAUUGGCUGCUAAAGACCACGGUGCCUUCAUGCAUCACAUCUUGGAGAGAGAACGAGACGGCCAUGUGGCUCCAUUCUCUCUAGCUGUCAUUAAAGAAGAAAGUAUGAAGACUACAGACAGACAGGACACUGUGACGUCGUUCCACACCACCACCAGCAGCAGGGAGGUGAUGGGAUCUACAAGCACUUUACAGAGUUUCAGUAACGCAGACCUUGUGGAUGAAGAGCCCCUGCUGAUGGAGAGGAGCUUCUUCACGCCACAGUGGAGGUGUUACGCCAAGUACAUCAGCUCCCAGCAGCUGCUCCUCACCUUCCUCCCCGCCACCUUCGCAGAUGUUCUGAUGCUGAUGGCGUCACCAGAGGAGACCGAGCCUCGGAGCACUGUCAGUACCCAGGAGGACGACACUCUGACUCCCAGCAACAAGUCUCAGGCAGACUCCCUGUCGGGCUCCACCUGUGGUCUGGACAGGUCUGAGUCUGGACACAGUUCAGCCUGUAAAGUGUGCAGGACGUCCCGAGGUGGGCACAAGUCCCCCUCCCUCUCACCAUCCUCUGAAAAUCACACCGAAUCUGUCGAGUCCCUGUGUUUGGACCCCUGCGGCUCGGACUGCAGACUGUCGGAGAGAGAAGCCGGGACACCCAGCUCAGGCCUUGGAGAUAAAGAAGGAGUCCAGUUCUCGGAGCCGCAGAAGUCCGAUUUUCACAUCAGCUUCAGCCGACAGGUUUCACAGCACAGCACAGGUACCAGCAGCAGCUGCCUGAGGUGUCCGGUGUACGUCUACAACUGCUCACUGGAGCACCUGAAGGAGCAGCUGGUCCAGCCCAGCUCAAGCCGCCAUCCCAGGGACGUCUUCUUCAGGUCUUUGUCUCAGGACCGCGGCAGCUCGUCGCCCUGGACCGAACUCCUGGCUCAGCCUCACAAACAUAAAGAGCUGGCCAACUAUUGCAGCUUGCUGCAGGAGCACUACCACCAGAGCUACGUCAGAGGUGUGUACCGCAGCCUGCAGCAGUCCUACAGCAUCAGCCAUCAGGACAUCCUGAUGGCAAUGGACUACUGUGAAGAGUCGCUGCAGGAGAUCGACAUCACCACCUUCCUGCAGACCCUCUGCGGACACAUCAGGGCUUUUAGGGAAAGCGGGAAGGGUCCCAAACCAGGAGAGGUCCCUAAACCUUCAAGGAGUCCAGCAACCUUCACCAUUGGAGAGGCAGACGAUGGGCGAGCCAAGACCACGGCAGCCAUAACCUCCUCGAGCAGCGUUGAACUAGAAGAGUCCUGCGAGGCUGAAUCUGGAGGCAGGCGCUCUGCUCCCACACCUCCAUCAGACCUGAAUGAGUCCAAGAUGCCAGAGUUUCCUCUGAGCCUGCUGCAGACACAGCCCCGGUGUGAAGUCUAUCCAGAUCUGCACAGAAUCAUUCAGGACAAAUUCCUGGAGAUCAUGUUUCAGUAUUUUAAAAGCGUCCCCUCCAAUCCUCACUACUUCUUCUACUGCCCCUCGUCGACCAAGAAAGAUGUGAGCUCAGAAGAUGGAGAGACAGAGAGGAGACCCAGUGAAGAGCUGAUUUCAGAGGCGGAGCCUGCAACUGAAGACGAGAACAUGUCAGGCUGCUGCAUCAUGUCAGAGAGCGACACGGACCUGGUGGUGGAAUACGAGGAGCGUUCAGACUCCAGCUCCCACGGCGAGGGCGAAGACCGCUCCCUGACAGACUCCAACACUGUCAACCAGGACCAGGACUCCUUCAGCAUCCUGGAUGGAGACUCCCUGCUGGAGCCUGAAGUCCCUCAGCUGGACAUGCCCCCCCUGUUCGUUCACAUCACCUGCUCUGUCAACUUGAAAAACAGCCACGGCUCCAUGCCCAUCCAGACACUCCCUACAUGUCUGGGUGAGAUCAUUUCCUGUCUGGAGAAUGCUGCGACGCUACCGUCUGUGGAUCUGAGUGAGCUGUCCGUCACAUUGGAUGUGUUCGUUCUGACUCUUUCUCUGGAGAUUGAAGCCAUGGCUGAUUUCCAUCAUAACAGGUACACCUCAGAGAGCAGCGUGUCUCUGAACCGUUCUCCAGCUCAGCCCUCCUCCUAUCGCUCCGACGACGAGCUGAUGACGGUGAUGGACGUUCUGAAAGGUCCUGACGGCGACGGGGUGUGUGGUGAUCAGCUGUCCAAACUCCCGCUUCCACACAAAUUAGCGAUUCUGGCCACGAUGGAUGAGAUUCGCUGGCUGCUGGAGGACGAGAUCGUUUCUGCGUUGCGUCACUCUCGGGUCAUCGGCUCGGCCACGCUGCAGAAAGUGGCGGAACACGUUUUCCGCUCCAGCGGCAGACCGCACUGCCACUGUGAAGACGUCCCGCUUCAGUUUGUCUUCGGGCCCGAACAGUCUCUGGAGAAAUUCAAAGAGGAGUUCCGCAGGAUAUCCUUCUCUGGCUACAGUCUGAAUGCCGAACAGGACAACUUCUAUUAUUUGUCCCUGAGCAGACUUCACCCUCAGAGGAUCCAGGCAGCCAAAAGGCUGUCGGAGAGUGCUGCAGAACAUCACCCCGGCCCCUGCCAUGCUGGGACCCCUGGAGAGGCUGCGAUGCUGGAGACCGAAGCAGAGAGCGACAGCAGGAAGUCCAGCGGUCUUCUCGCCGAGGGUUCUGCUGAAGCAGAUUCCAGUGAACCAGCAGAAGCAGAGGCCUCUGUCAGUGCGACGGGCGACAGAGGUCAUCCCCUUCAGCUUCAGACUGAAUGUGGCGCAGAUCCGAACUCUCCUCCGAAGACGGCGUCCAGCUUCAGCCUGGCUGAGUCCGUUCAGUCAGCCUCUCACAGCAGCAGCAGACUCAGACCAAGCCGUGUCCAGAGUGUGGUUUCCAGCCAGGGCAGUCUGGACUCAGACAUGCAGGGUUAUGAUGGGGGCAGCAGCGACUCCGAGUGUGAGAGUCCCACCCUGGACGAACAGGAAGGUCAGACCCCUCAGAUGCCCGACUUUUGGCUGAUUGUUCGGAUCCACCAGGACAGAGUGAAGGUCUACUCUCACUCCAGAAGCUUCACUGAAAAAAAAGAUGACAAUGCAGAGGAGAUGGAGAAGAAGGAGGAAGACCAGGAGCUGCCUGAAUACUUACUGUUGCAUCAAAGUGUGGUCAGGAAGAUCGGGGAGAUCUGCAGAAUUGUUAAUCAGCGCAUGCUGCUACAGGACCUACAUGACAGCCAUGUGUGCAACAAACUGCUGGUGGCUGAGAGUGAGGAAGACAUCUGGAAGAAUGAGUCUCUGUAUCGACAGAGGCUCAACACGUCUGAUGACUACAACACAGAGGAGAGCUACCCGGCCAGAGACUACCUGGCUGCAACCAUGCAGUUCAUCCCAGGACAUUUUGCUUGUGAUGUGGUUUGGAGCACAAUCAUCCAAAUUCAUCCACGCCUCAAGAUGGGACCUAACAUGGGUGUGUCCAGGGAUGCAGCAAUCCAGGCUCUUCGAUCCGUGUUGAACUCUUUCUCCGUGGUCAACAGGAAGAACAUGUUUGUUUAUCAGGAACGGACCACCAAGUCAGUCUUCUACCUCAGACUGUGUGAAACCUCCCUGACAGGGAAGUAUUCAGAUGUUGAUGGAAACCUCCAUACCACUCGUUCCAUCGGCCUGGCCAGGAGUCAGGAGCCUUUGUAUCCUGAAGAUGUUGCGGGCUCUCGGCUGGUUGGACAAGUAGAUAAACACAUCCUGCUGCUGGUUCAUGGAGUGGGAGAUGCAGGUCCAGAGAUCACAGAUGAGCUGGUGAAACUGCUACGUAAACGGAUGGAUGAGACCACGCUGGACAUCAUCACAGUGAUGCUUGUCAGGAACUGUAAACUGACUCCAGCUGAUGUGGAGUUCAUCCAGCCAUCUGGGUCUUCAGCGACAGAGGUGAUGAUUUACAGCCUUCCUCAGUAUUGUGGGUCCUGUCUGCCCGCUGUGGCCCACUACCUUCGGCAGAACCUUCUCAUCUUCCUGCACAUUCCCAAAUACACUGACAGCAACACAGCACACCAUUUUAAGCACUACUUCCAUUCGGGCAGCGAGUUGGCUGAUGGUGAUAUCUACCUCUACAAUAAACCUGGGGGCCAGGGAACAGGAGGCAAAGGAAUCGCCUGCAUCGCCCUUUUAUUUGUGGAUGUUCACGGUCAGCUCAUUCAGAUUGCAGCUCAGGACAGACCAGAGAACUCCAGUCUCCCUCUUCAUCCAGACCACUUUGACGAGCUGACAAGUGUGGUUAAAGUGGAGGGCAUCGAGACGAGCCAACGCUCAGCAGCACAGCUGUACGUACGGUUUGACAUCUGGGAGCAGGGCAACAUCAGUCCAUUACAGCUGAGUGACAAACUGCAGGGGGCGCUGCGCCAUGCCCUUUGUGACGUGGUCAUGGAGAUGAGAGUCCUGCCACACCCUCUUUGUGUCGGAGCAUCAGCAAGCACGAGUCCAAAGGACGAGUCUAAAGGGGUGUGCUCGUCUGAGGUGAGAGAAGUGAAGGACAGCCCCCAGCAGCGAAGGGGCUCUCGUGUCUUCAGGGGCAGCCCCUCUCCCAUCGCUCUAACCCAAACUGCAGGGGGUCCCCCUGUGACAGGAACCAGCACCCCCGAAUCAACCACACCCACCAACAAGACGACGCGCCGGAGCUUCUGGGACAUUCUGAGCAAACCGGACACAGGAGAGCUGGGCAGCCCCAAGACAACAGAUGACAUCGUGCAGGAGAAGGGCGAUGAGGGGCGAGCGGCGCGACGAAGGCACAAAACAGAGAACGUGAAGCAGCAGUGGAGCCAGGAGAAGGCUGUGGCCGUGGAGCUGGAGCAGGCCCACAGGAGGCAGGUGUCUCAGUUGGAGGAGGGGGAUGCAGGAACUUUGCACCCUGUCUACCAGAACACCGGCCAGCUGUGGAUCACUUUCAUGGCUAAACUGGGCUGCCCUUCCAUUCAGCAGUGCACAACUGAAAUAGCGUUUCACUUCCUGCUGCCGUCCAUCCUGACGGAGAUCGUCAGUUUGGUCAGCUCGUUGGCAAACGAUACCACAGUGAAGGCCUUUGAGAAGACCAGCUGCCCCCCCUCUGAAGAAGUGUUUGUUCCAUUUCCUGUCGUCCCGAGCUUCACUCAGCCUCCGGAUACGACACGGAGCUUCAUUCUCAUCGGUCGAAACUUCCAUCAGUGGCACUGCUGCGUAGAGCAAGCUCAUAAAGGCUUUCAGCGCUUCGAGGCCCUGGAGCAGAGUGAAUGUGUGGGUCCGAGCCAGGCCGGAGCAGGACUGGCUCCACGUCAGAGGUUCCUCUUCAUCAGCAUCUUGGACAAAAAGGUGACAGGAUCCCAACCCGUUCCUUGGUCCCUCCAUGGAGCCUGAUGCUUUGCUGCGUAGUUCUGUUCCUCCUCUGGCCAGCAAGGAGCAGGGCCGGCUGGGAAGUUCAGCUCGAACCCUCGCCCCACUUCACUUCCCGUCCGAGCUGCUUCCCUUCGACGAGGCUCUGAGGGACGUGUGCACCAGCAGGCCCCUGAUGGACGGCGAUGUGGUGGCCCGACACGGCGGGCAGCUGCUGGACAUCAAAGCUGCCGAGCGGAGAGAAAUGGAGAAACAGAUGAAAAUAGAAAACUUGUUUGUGACCUGGCAGCAGAGGUCAGCGCAGUCCAACACGCCUAUUUCUGGAACAGACCUGGAGAUUCUGAAGCAGUCAUCGAGACUUGUCCACUACUGCGCCACCCCUCUUCUCUUUGACCCCGUCUUCCGUAAGCAGAUCCAGGAGGAAGCUACAGCUCAGCCUCUUCUAAAGAAAAGGCACCGCUCCAGUGACUCGACGGCGUCGGGCCGGGAUCGCAGCUUCAGCACCGAUUCCACAGAGAUGCUUCCCUGCAGACUGAAGGAUGAACCCUGGCUGCUGGAGAUUUCCAGCAACUUCCUGCAGCAGUACGUCCAGUACCUGCAGAGCAUGGGUUUCAUUCUGGUGCAGGUCCGGCCUUCGUCUCCGGCUCGCAGCAUCGCCCGGGCCCGUGCUGCCAUGCUGAGCUCCAUGUCGAUGGAAGGAAGGAUGUCUUUUUCUUAUGUGAAGCAGAAGAGUGAGGACAGCCCUAAGACGAUGUCACCUGGCACCACUGCCUACCACCUGCAGAGGGCGCUGCCAGGGGGGAUCGUGUUAAUGGAACUGGCUUUUCAGGGAUCUUACUUCUGUGUGAAGCAGUACGCACUGGAGUGUUCCCGCAUCCCCAUGGGCCAGAGCGUUAACUCACAGGGCAGCAUCGUCUCCAAACUCCGUUGCAAGCCGUUUCCCGAUGCCACACCAGUAUCUGACUGUGCGCUCUCCAUGCUCUUCACUGAGGAGUGUGAUAAGGUCCGGGACCUGAUGCACAUCCAUUCCUUCAGCUACGACUUCCACCUGCGAGUGGUUCACCAGUACCUGGUAGGCUGCCACAUGACGCUGCGGCAGGGCUACCAGCUCACCGACUUCCUGGACGACUUCAUCUCCCAUCACCCAGAUAUCCCAAAGUUUGGCCACAAUCACGUCUUUCAAGGGAGCUUUUCCAUUUCCACGGGGAUGAUAACAGCUCACCAGCUCUACAACUACAUCACCGAUCAUGCCAGCACCUACGGCAUGAAGCCCCUCCGCAUGUCCAAGAGUACAGUCUGUACUGACAACAAGAAGGGGGGUCCAGACCUGCAUGAGUACGCCCUGGUGGCUCUGUGGAACAGUUCGGGGUCUUACAAGGAUCUGGAGGGUCUUCACCACCAUGAUGAUUUUGAUGUCUCUCUGGUGGUGUGCCACAACGCUGCCCCGUUUGAAGAACAGUCAGAUGGGGAAAGGCAUUUACUCAGGCUGCGUUUUUACGUCAUCAUGACCAGUCAGAGGGAGCUGUUCCCCCGCCUCACUGCCGACAUGCGCCGCUUCAAGAAGCUCCCUCUAAUCUACCGUGAUCUCUGUGAGCCGGGCGGGAGGCUCCCCACGGAUCAAGCAGAGGCUUCUGGUUCCGCUGGGGACGAUCGGGACCUUUGGGAAGAAACUUCAUCUGAAGCUUCGGCCUCCUCGGCCCCAAGCGAUGGCAACGAGUUUUACCCUCUGGCGGGGGGCAGACCGGGGGCUCAGGGACUGCUGUACACUUCCCCUCUGUUCCCUUUGCUCCACAACGAGGUGGCGUCAGCCCGCAGACACAUCCAGGCCAGCGUGGAGCAAGCCAUGGGUCACUGCCGCAGGGACAACCUGUGGAGGAGGCUGUUCCACGGAGAGCACGUGGCUCUGGACAAACUGAAGCUGGCCAAGCUGUCCUUCACAGAGCUGGAGGAGCUGCUGCAGGCCGUGCAGAGCCGCUCGGUGGGAGAGAUCGACCCACAGCUGGACUGUUUCCUCACAAUGGGUCCAGCAUGGUACCAUGGUCUCAUCAAAGUCCUGCUGAAUCGGUUCCCUCAAAGCUGCAGACACUUUGAUGACAACGGGAUCCAGUAUCUGGCUGUCCUGAAUCAAAAGUUCACCGACUGCUUUGUUCUGGUCUUCCUGGACAACCAAGCUGGAAAAACAAGUCUGAAGGUGGUGUUCCGGGAGCCGCUGCCCUCGCAGCCGCAGGCCGGCGGGAGUCCUCCUCCUCAGCUGGUGUCCAUGUACCACCACCUGGAGUCGGUCAUCAACACAGCCUGUUACAACCUCUGGUCCGGACUCCUCUAGAACCCAACUGUACCGACAGGUCAACGUGCCAAAUCUGCAUCAGAUCUGCACAGAGCAAGGAGGUGGAGGUUGGAGGCCUCACUGCCAUAUUUGGUUCCUACAAGUGCCUUUUGGUCAUUUGUGUUUCUUAAAAGCUGCUGCUGUUCCAUCAGCUCUGCACAGUGAACCCAAUCAGUUUACAGACAGAUCAUGACUUGUGUGUUCUCAAACCUUGUCAUACUCAGAACCAGAACCAUAGGUGGGACUGCUACUUCACAUACAGAACUCUCAUAUUUCUGCUUUGAGCAGGAGAAACAGAACACACUUGACUGACACGUUCUGAUAUCACAAACAGAUCUAUCAGUAUGCAACAGAACCUGAGUUCUGAUGAGAACACUGAACCCUAAACACUGCACUGACUGAAUGAUGUAUAUUGUGUAAAUACAGAAUAAAAGAUGUAAAAUGUACAAUAAAGCAAGAGAGAAACAAAAAG